CUUGUGCAUUAGAGGGCGUUGAUGGAUGUUUUGACGUCAAAGGAUGCUUAACAUAUCGUCGGGUUGACACUUCUGAUUUCCCAAUUCAGAGGAUAUGCAAGAGCGAAUAAGAUGACAUGUAACCAGACUCAUUGAUAAACAUUGGAUAAAUAUGGUCCGAGUCACAAACCGAUAUAAACUCUUGAUCCCAUAAUGUGUGACAGGAAAUACUUCUGCCCACGACUACUUGAUUAUAUUGUUAUAACUGGUAGUCGGCACCCCAACCAUAACAACCAUGUUGCCCAGACUCCUGAACUACUCCGCCGCUAUCCCCUAGAGGAUCACAAAGAUUUCCCCUUACCAACAGAUGUCAUCUUCUUCUGCCAGCCUGAAGGAUGCAUCAGCGUGGGACCAAAGCGAAUGAGCCUCCGUGAGACAACAUCUUUUGUCUUCACACUGACAGAAAAGGAUUCGGGCAUUGUCAGAUAUGGCAUCUGUGUUAACUUCUUUCGUCCAUUUGAAAAAAAAAGUUAUUCUUCAGACUGGCAGAAAACCGAUAGAUUGAAUCUUUCUAUAGGUAGCACCAACUCAACAGAUAUUGUCAGUUCCGUUGAAUAUGAGAAACCAAAGUCACCAAGGACAAAACGGAAAUCAAGAAGUGCAAGCCGUGUCCGCAACAACACUCUGACAUCAUUAUGUAUUGUUAGUCAUCACCCUUUCUUUUCCACAUUUAGAGAAUGUUUGUUUAUACUAAGGAGACUGAUCGAGGCUUGUCAUGACAGAAGUUGUACCAAGAGGAUUGGCGGAUCAAAGGCACUGACCAGGGACACGGUGUGGGGUGUGUUGACAGGAAUUUGUAGUGACAGCAUCUCGUCACUUGUGAUGCACGAGGUGCGGGAGAUUGAGACAUGGAUCCUGCGCCUGCUUAGUGCCCCUGUCCCUGUACCUGGAAAGACGAGAGUAGAGGUGAGCAUCCUACCAAAGGACCUGCAGCCACCCAUACUGUUUGCCUUACCAGACCACACACGUUUUACACUCAUCGACUUCCCUCUUCACCUGCCUCUGGAACUACUAGGAGUGGACACAUGUCUCAAGGUGCUGACUGCAGUCAUACUGGAACACAAGGUUGUGCUCCAAUCCCGUGACUACAAUGCCUUAUCUAUGAGUGUGAUGGCAUUUGUGUCCAUGCUGUAUCCCUUGGAGUACAUGUUCCCAGUCAUCCCACUGCUGCCCACAUGUAUGGCAUCAGCAGAGCAGUUGCUGCUGGCCCCAACCCCUUACCUGAUUGGUGUUCCUGCCAGCUUCUUCCUGUACAAGAAGGACUUCAGGGUGCCUGAUGAUGUCUGGCUCAUAGACCUUGACUCCAACAAGAUUACAAUGCCCACAAAUGCAGAGGUUCUGCCUCCAAUGCCAGAUCCUGAAGGUGCUAGCCUGAAGACACAUCUCAAGCAGGCACUUGCGAGCAUGAGCAUGACUCCUCAGCCAAUCAAAAACCUUGAUGCUCUGGCUCAAAAUCCAGAGGCAUGGCAACGACGUGAAAGUUUCUCUUCACAGACUGGAUUCAACCCGCUCAUCUAUGGCAAUGAUGUGGACUCAGUUGAUGUUGCUACCAGAGUAGCCAUGAUCCGAUUCUUCAACUCUGCGAACAUCAUGGGUAACUUCUGUGAACACACACGUACCCUGCGCCUCUAUCCACGUCCGGUUGUGGCCUUCCAGAUGUACAGCUUCCUCAAGUCAAGGCCCAUCAAGACUCACUUCACAGCCAGACUUGCCCGCACACAGGCUGUUGAAUAUUUUGCAGAGUGGUCUUUGAGUCCACAGAAUGUGGUGUAUCUACGUGUACAGACAGCAGUAUAUGACCCUUCUCUGAUUGGAGACAAACCAAAGUGGUAUGCUCAUCAGCUACAACCCAUAGAAUUCAGAGUGUAUGAUGAGAAUUCAUCUUUGGGUGCUGCCAUCUCCUCAGCCAAUGAAAUUCACAGUGAUGAAAUACCUACAGAUGAGAGUGGCAGUGACAGUGAAGGGGCUGAGAGCACCAGCUCAUCCUAUUCCUCCCUCAGUGACUUUGUAACUGAUAUGGUCAACAGUGAGAUUGAUGGGGAGUCUCCAGCAUUUCUUCCUGAGAAUCAAGUGUUGGCUGUAGAUGAGUCAAAAGUAUUCUGCCCCCCCAACAAGUUGCACGUCCCUGAGACAACAACAACAACCAGUGACUCAGCUUUGUCUCUCCCAGACAGUGAUCUCAGUUCCUCAGAAUCCUCAAGUCCUACCUACAGCCAUGGCUCACCUCCACGAGACAGGAACAGCAAGGAUAUAGAGGACGAAAACACAGUUUUCCGCUAUGAUUCCGGUAAUGUAACUGCCACCAGUCACUCACACAGUCGACCAGAUAGUGCAGGUUGGGCACAAAAUGUCUCUGACCCACAAAGAAAAUCACCUUUACCUCAAGGAGUAAUACGGAGCAACAACUCUGCGUUUGAGACAUAUGAGAAACCCCGCAUCAGUCCUAAUCUCCCAGGCGUAAAUAGAAGCCUUCUGAAUCGCCAGCAGAGAGGGGGUAGCACAUCUAGUGGUGGCUCAAGUGGAUCUACUAAAAAGGGAUUUAGGUCCCUGUCUGAUCGUGACUCUGACAGGUCAUCUCCAGCCUCCUCCAUCAUAUCAACCAUUAGCAAUGAGCUGACUGACAUGGCACAGUCAGCCACAAACACCAUGUCAGAGUUGUUUGGAAGCAAUAAGGCUGCCACACCCCCUCCACCACCACAACCCAGCACCAACAAGCCAGCCGCCAAACCAUACACACCUCUUGGUACACGGAAAGCUCUUGUCGAGAAGUCUGGAUUGGUCAAACACGCUACCAGUCAGAAGAAAAAAGAGCCUGUGAAACCAGCACCACAAGAGUCUCGGGGUUCUUCAAACAGUGAGAAUCAGCAAUUCUUGAAGGAGGUGGUCAAUCUGAUCCUGGACGGGCAGGGGAUGGGAUGGCUCAAGCUCAAUCGUGUGAAGAAGCUGAUGGAAGAUGAGAACUAUAGGAACUUUGUCAUCAGUCGACUCAACCGUAAUCUUGACAAAAAGCUUUCUGAUGAUGCAAAUCAUCUUGAGGAUGUAUGUAUUACAAAGAAUGUGUUCAAGGGCAUGCUGGCAAUGGUAAAAGCAAUUGUCCAUGGUCUGGAGCACACAUUCCAGAACCAUGGCCUUGGAGGUAUGGCAAGUGCUUUCAUGGUGAUGGAGAUUCUACACACACACUAUUGGGCCCGCGAGAUCACCAGCAGUAACCGCAGUGACACCAGCCUCACACCAGAUGUGUCCUCUCUGCAUGGCAGUCAUGAGAGCCUCUCAUCCAAAGGAGAAGACUCCCAGAGGAUAGACAACCAAAGUCUCACAGAAACAGAAAACAUGCCUGCAACCAUCAGCCUGAACCCGUCCCCCCGCCAACCCCCACUGUCCCCCAGCCGACAGGACAGCACGGGCUGGUGGGCAGAGCGAGAACGAGACCAGUCACAGCCAAUCAGUGCCGCCUGCAUUUCUGACCAGUCGUCCUCUAGUACCAGCACCAGCACUGAGUCAGGUUCCCCUGUGAUUGUAAAUGGUGAUGAGUUUGAGAACAUAGAGAUCCCUGUGAUGUCAGACAGCAGUGGUCACUCAGAAAACUCUGGAAUUGGAGGAAGUAAUGGUGGUGUUUCCAGACAAACAGGGCUCAGCCCACAGAUGACAGACAUGAACAGGAAUAUUGGCAAAACACCAGCUCAAACAUGCGAUAUCAUUGUGACUGACACAAGUUCUUCCAGAGAUGGGGAGGACAUGAUGCAUGAGCUUGUCAAGAACAAAGAGUUGAUUAAGACCAGCAGGCUAGAUAAGUUUAACAGUAUGGACUCUGAGAUAUCAGAGGCAAGCACUCUUGUCAGCACCAGCUCAGACAACAAUGAUGAGAACCGGAAAAGAAGUCGAAUCAAUCACCACUCCAUUAGAGGAGCCAUGUCAGACAGUGAGAUGGAAGGCUCAACUGGGCAGUCUGCACGUCACAACAAGAGAAACCGUUCUCCAAGUGUGUGGAGCUCCAAGAGCAAUCUCAGUACAGGAUUUCGUUACAAUGAAGGCAAGAUGAUCAACACUAGCUGUCCACAGAACCCAGAGUUCUACAAGACAUACCUGUUUGAAGGCUUGCUUGGUAAAAGUAGGAGUCGAUUGUUUGACCAGAUGCAGUUUUGGGAGGACUUGUUUCUAGAUGCUGUUGCUCAGGAGAGAGACAUUAUUGGCAUGGACCAGCGUCCCUCAGAGAUGAUUGAGCGGUAUCGAUCUCUUGGUGACAUGGAGCGGAAGCGUCUAGAACAUGAUGAGGACCGUCUGUUGGCUCAUAUGUUGUACAACUUAGUGGGAUUUAUGGUGAUGAUGAAUGUUCACAAGUCUGAGGUGAAGAAGAAGGUACGACGUCUGCUGGGUAAAUCUCACAUAGGACUCAUGUACAGUCAGGAUGUCAACAAUCUUCUGGAUCAAAUCAACAACCUGCAUGGUAAUGAUAUUGACCUGCGUCCUCUUGGAAGUCGUCAGAUGCAGAAACAGUCUUUCACUGUUCACUGGGGUACUGACAACGGUGGUGAUAUGUUAUUCAUGGAGGUGUGUGAUGACUGCCUGCUGUUGCGCAGUGUGACAGGCACAAUACAUGACAGAUGGUGGUUUGAGAAGCUUGUCAACAUGACGUACUGCCCUAAGACGAAGGUUCUCUGUCUGUGGCGCAAACAAGCAGACAAAGUUCAGCUCAACCAAUUCUAUACCAAAAAGUGCCGAGAGCUGUACUUCUGUGUGAAGGAAUCAAUGGAGAAAGCUGCGAGCCGCAACACUGGGAAGCUUCCAGGUCCUGAGCUAGGUGGGGAAUUUCCGGUACAGGAUCUCCGGUCAGGUCAGGGAGGCCUCCUGCAAGUCUGUAUGGAGGGAAUAGGCCUGCUUCUUGCCAACAGCAAAUUCUUUAUUGAGCUAACUCGUAUCAGGAAAUGCUUCACACAGAAGGGAGGCAUUUUUGUGCUAGAAGAAUUUGAUCCCAAAACUAAACAAGUAAUACAGCACAAAUUCAAAUCCAGCAUGGCCAACGAGGCUGCACUCAUGAUGCAUAGGAUAUUUUCUGUGCAAUACGCCAAGUUACGAGCCAAGGCCUUACUUUUACCUGAUGAAAAUGGAAACAGCUGACCAGAUGUGCUAUGCAGUCCUCUGUUUGUUUUCUUAUGUUGCAGCAGGUUUAGAACAGAGAAAACAAUCUUGACACAGUCACCAGUUGAUGAUUCUAGCCUUCCUCCUGACGAUACAUUCUUCCAUUUUGUCCUUCCUUCCGUCAGAACAGAUAGUCAGGGCAGUUGACAUGAUCGUAGAUCUUAUCAUCUGCUCCACCAUACAAGUUCUCCUUCAUUCCACAGUAUAAUUGAGAGCCUAUGUUUUUUUUCUGAGAAAUGUAUUCUUAUUCAUUGGUGCUUAAAGCUAUUUUUUCUGAUAUUCUGCAUUUAUUCUGCAACAGUUGUGUGUUCAAUUGUUUGGAAGUAUUGUCUUCCAAGCCGGAAUAAAUAGAAAAUUUCCUUAGAAUAUUCCUUUAUGGUCAGAAUAAUUAAUGGUCAUGAAUCAAAUUCAUCCUCCAUCAUGUAAACAGUAUGCAUACUUCAUUUUGUUCAAUUCCAGUGGAAAUCCAGUAGCUUGAUGAUAUUAUCUUCUAGAUCUCUGAUUGUUGACAGCUUGAAAAAACCCCAACAUACUGCUCAGAUUGUUAAUGUAUAAAUAUAUUCUUGUGCCUCGUAAAGUGCUAAAUUAUUUAUUUUUUACUUACAUAUAAAUAUAUAUUAUAUAUAUAUAUACUUAUACAAAUGAUUUGUAAUCCGUCAAACUGUCAUUCAUGUUAGAAUUUGUCAUCAAAUCUGGAGGUAUUUUGUUUGUGCUUAAGUAGUGACUGGUGAUCAGUUUGUUCUCUGUUCUACUGUUGCCUGUAUUAUCAAAGAUUCACAAAGAAUGAACUACCUUAAAAAUGGCACCAUCUUGUAACACUGUUAAAUACUAAAUUAUGUUUUGUGUUAUUUUAUGCAGAUCUUACCCUUUUUCAUAUGAAGUAUUUUCUGUUGAUACCAAGACAUUUUCAAUUAAAAUUACUUUCGUCUUUUGGGGUUUCCCGUUUGUGGACAAAAUGUAUCUGUCACAUUUUCUGAUAAUGUUGUAGUGUUUUCCUCAACGUGUGAAUAUGUAUAUUUUCCCAAGAGCAAAAGUUAGGCCCUCUGACUAUGAAAUUUUGUAAUCUUAAUCACAUUGAUGUAGUCUUGCGUUAUUUUGUCAUUUUUUCAAAAAUCAGUUGAAAACACUUCAGAUGUAAUUGGAUUUCCUGCAGUGAGAUGUAGACAUAGCUGUUCAGAACUAACUCCAUCACCUACAUGUUCUUUUGCAAACUGACAACAGCAAGAUGGUAAAGCAUGCAAGAAAAUGUAUUCCAUCAUUCUGAAUUAGGGACCAUUCAUAAUUUAUGGCUUGGGGUGGGGGUGGGAUGAUGAUGAUGAUUUUAAAGAA